AUGACUAAGUUAUUGUUUCUUCUUAUUAUUUUAUUAAAUUCAUUGAUAAUUAUUACUCGUUGUGCACGACCUACGGAAUGUGAAUUACCAUUUGCUACAGGUCCAUGUCGUGCAAUGUUUUCUUCAUUUUAUUUCAAUCCAUCAACUAAUCAAUGUGAAGAAUUUGUUUAUGGCGGUUGUGAUGGCAAUGCUAAUCGUUUUGAAAAUAAAGAAGAAUGUUUAGCAAGAUGUGAUGGAAAUAAUCAUCAAAAUGAAAUACUACACCAAGAUGAAUAA